AUGUCUGGGGGUUUCUCAAUCCCUGGGCUUGGCAAUGCCAAGCCGAACGAGAAGCUACCUGCCAACAACUUCCUCAACACCCUCUCACCCACUCCUCCCAGCGGCGGCGACGACCCGGCCAGUGUAGCCCAGACCUCAGCUCCGUCUCAGGAAAGCCAUGCGGACAAGAUGGAUACUGAACAGGUGGGCACUCUGAACGCGGGUGUCAUUGUUCCCGCACAGAGUACGGACAGCAGCAUAAUGGCCGUCGACAAGCCUCUUAACGCACCGGCCCAAUCCCAGUCAGGUCACGGCGCCCAAGACGACUCUUUACGCCUUACCGACGCGCUGGAAGCCGCUCUGGGGGGUCCCGAGCCCAUGGCCACCGAUGCCGAGGAAGCUCUCCGCGAGAUGAUACCCAAUGGACAGAACACAGCGGAGGCGGCCGGCGAAGGAGUGCAGGGCGCAGAAUGGGAGGCGGAUUCCUCGCCGUACGAGUCAUCCUCUUCGGACACCGACAGCUCAGACUCAUCCGACGACGAGGAGUCGGAUGCAGAGAUCCUCGACGUCCGCGAGGCCGCGCGCAUGCUCAUGGAGGCGGCGGCGGACGGGUCGGAUGAUGAAGAAGACGGCAAGAAGGGCAAAGGCGGCUCGGGCGCGCAGGUUCGGAGCAAGAACGAGGUGGCCGAGCCUGCGCCUCCCCGACCAGAGGUCACAAUAACACCGGAGAUGCCAAUUCAGCUGCUGGGGCCGGUGCUUCACGUUGUAGAAGACUCGAUUGUCAUCAAGGGGAACACGGACGGCGAGUACAGGGUACUGGACGAGGAGUCGGUUCUUUGCACGGCAGAGCGCAAGGUCAUUGGAGCUGUGGCCGAUGUCAUUGGCAACGUCCGGGUUCCCAUGUAUCUGGUCCGGUUCGCGGACCCUGAGGAGAUCACCAAGGAAGGUCUGGAGCCGGGCAAGGAUGUGUACUACUCGAUCCAACACGCCAAGUUUGUCUUUACGGAAGCGCUCAGGAACCUGAAGGGUUCUGACGCAAGCAACCUACACGACGAGGAGGUCGGGGCCGACGAGAUGGAGUUCUCCGACGACGAGAAGGAGCAGGCGUACAAAAAGGAGCUCAAGGCCAAGAGGAGAGGUGGCAAGGGCCAGCAGAGGGACGGCGACGGCGGACGCAAGCCGCACCCGUUGCGCAAUGAGGUGGCCACACCAAACGCCGAUGGUGGGCUGAACUACGACGAGGAGGAUGACGGGCCCUACAAGCCGCUGACGAGGCCCGCCAACUUUGGCCAGGGUCCGCCCACGACGGCCUCGCAGGAGACUGGCUACGGCCACCACGGCGGCUCGUCCCGGGGCCGCAGGGGUGACUUCCGGGGUGGGCGGGGGAACCGUGGCCGCGGUGGGUUCGGAGGACGGGGCGGUGGGCGCGGCGGGAGGACAGACGGCUACUCCCUGCCGCAGCAAGGCCGACCUCAGAACUCCCAGCAGUCUGCGCCGCCGCAGAGCAACGCGCCCGCGCCCGCUCCACAAUGGCCGUUUCCGGUACCGCCGCCGCCGCCGACGGGCUCUUACCAGGGUCAAUCGCCGCCCGCUCCCCCGGCGGCGGGACAGUUCAACUUUCCAUUCCCCUGGCCGCCGGCGCCGCCACAGGCGCAGGGCGCCGGAGCGCCUUCUUUCCCGUACGGCCAGCCGCCGGUGCCGCCAAACUUUGGCCAAGCGCCGCCUGCCUGGCCGGGACAGGCUUCGUCCCCGGGGGCUCCGUCGGCCGGCGCGUUCAUCAACCCGGCGUUCUUUGCUGCUGCUGCUGCUCAGGCGCAUGCGCAGAACCAGGGCCAGAAUCAGGGACAGGGCCAGAGCCAAGGCGGCGGCGGCGCAUGGGGACAACAACCUCCGCAGCAGCCAUACGGACAGGGCAGAUAG